GGGAACCUCUCUUCCCUUCGCUCCGAGAGGGAAAGAGGAUUCGUCGUUGUUUGAGUGAAAGUGUGAAGCUUUAACUUUUACAUGGAGAGAGAGAGAGUUUAGCUAUUGAGGUAGAGAGAGAGAGAGAAAAGAAGAGCAGAGAAAGGGAAGGAAGUUUAUUGUUAAAGGGAAUGGAGAAUAGUAGUAAGAGUGGAAUGGUGAUUACGAAUCAGAGAAGAGAGAGUGAAGGAAUCCGAUUGGGGAAUCCGUUUACUUUGAAAGUGGGUCAAGUAUUUACUGGCUUUGGAAUCGGCUGCGGUAUUGGUAUCGGCGUUGGUCGCCCCUUAAAUCUUGGUGCAAUACCUGUAUUAAAUGAAGUAAUGAGUGCCGCAAGAGGUGCAACUUAUGCAUUUUCUGGUGUUACUAGACAUGUAAACGACUCAUUUAAGAAGCUGGGGGCUAAAAACAUUGAAGCUGGCAUUGGAUGUGGAGUUGGUAUUGGCCAUGGUUUUGGAGUUGGCCUUGCUCUGAAGCCUAGUGCGUUGCAUCAAAUUCAAUUCUGUAUUGCACAAGCGAUGACAAAGAUGAUGAUGAAGUUUGGGAUGUCUCCCAAUCUACCUAUUGGUCAAGGUGCCCUUCCAAGUUCUUUGCAAGGAGGUAUGAGCAUGGUGAAUAAUCUUUCAACCCAAAAUCCAAUGGGAAGUAUGAUGCAGUUGGCAACAAAACUACCGGACCAGUUGUCUCAAGGCCUGCCUGGAUAUGAAAAUAAAAGUGCUGGUACAAAUUAUGGAAAUAUUACAUCGACAACACCUUCAAAUGACGCAGCCUUUGGUACUCGUACAGAAAAGGUUCUCAGCAGUUUUCUGCAGAAUCCAAUUGUGAAAGGAGAAGGAAGGGAACUAAAUGAAGUGGGUGGACGGUUGAGGUCAGAAAAUGACAUGCUUUACAUGGUACUGAAACACCAGCAAGUCAUUGAGGAGCUCAAGGAGGAGAACGAAAAGCUUCGCCAAAUACUAGUGGAAGAACUGAAAAUACCGCCUGCCAAGCUGCAAACAAGUUAUUCAAGUACAAACCAAUCUCCAUGUUCUGAUUGUUUUGAGUGUAGAAGAAGACAAAGGAAAAAAUAGGUGCAAAUGAUUGUAGACAAUCAUUCAAGUGCCCUAACCAACAACGAGGUUUUCACAUAUACUUCUCUCACCAUGGAUUUAAACUUUGGUUUGGUUCCACAACUCGCCGUAAAAAAAUAUUGUCCACUCAUGCGUACUAGUCACAAGGUUCAAUAAUAUGUAAUAUCCAGACCACCAUACAGAAAAAUUAAACUUAAUAGCUUCUUAAGAAGGGAAUUUUUACUGUAAGACCUGUCUUUCAACUACCGGUAGUUACUGUUGGUUUAACCGUUUGUGAAUGUCUGCAUUGAAAAUUUGUAGCUACAACCAUAGAUCAAACCGUUAAAAAAUAUAAUCUAACGGUUAAAACAACAGUAACUAUUAGUGGUUAAAAAAACAGGUUCUACCGGAGAAUUCCCUCCAAAAAAUAUGAAAGCAGUUAAAGAUGCGUGGUUUCGUGGCCUUUACAUCAUUUCUUUACAGUCCUAUUUCUUGUGAAACGUCAACGUGGCCAAACUAAACUAAGCCAAAACACAAGGAGUAUGUUUAUUUGACCGUAUUAGAGUAUCGUAUUGUAUAAAAUAUAACAAUAUAAUGU